GUGGCAUCUGUUGGUGGGGUGGUGCCCUGUUUUGCGGGCUAUUGGCCAAGGAAGGCACGACCCAGGAAACAAAGAACCCCACGUCCACUGGCGCGUCUCCCUCGCUGUGGCUGCGCGUGUGUGUUAAACAAGCGAACGGCAGCCGUUUGCUACACAAAACAACGACAGAGCAUCGCCACUGCAACAGCCACUGCUUAUCCUUGGAUUUCAUAUUGAUGCUAGUAAACUGUUAGCUUCACUGGCAAGUGUGCUAGGCGUCAUGUCUUCCACUACAAGAGCUUCGAGUCGCGCUACUGCAUACGAAGAACAACGGCGGGGCAUGAGCGCAAGCGCAAAUACCAGAAUGGACAAACCAGACGACAGAAACGGACCCAAAACGCACUCACAAAGCUUCCAAACUAGCUUUGGUCAUAAGCGUACAGCAUCUGGAAACCCUCGGCCUGUCAACCGUUCCCUGGAGGAGCGACGUUACGAGAGCAGAAGAAUCACAGAAAAGACGUACGAGGUACAGGCCGAGCGUCUUAUACCUCAUUCGAACAGCCAAGACAAACCACAGAGCCGGACAGGGACCAGAGAUGGAACCAGGCAAAAUUCUUCAGAAUGGCGACCGCGAGACUCGAAAUCAGAGCCGCUGCAUCCAAACUCGCAUGUGCCUUGGAAUCCGGCAGUCACCCUUUUGCCACGAACGACAGCACCGCUUGCUUCCAGAGUAUCUCUACCGCCAGCAGCUUAUACGGUCCCGCAGGCCCCUCAGCCCCCGCCUCUAAACGAAAUGUCGCUCGAGGCGCAGGAAGCAGCCAUCGUCGAAGACCUUCUUUUCGCUUUUAUGGGAUAUGAAGGCCAAUACAUUCGCUUCGCAAAAGGAUAUAACCCUUUAGAGGAACGUGACCGCCUCUCCGGCCCAGACUUUAGUAUUCUGCCUGGCCUCGAUCCAAGCUUACACGAUCUUACAAAAGGAAUGCUGAAAAUGGCUACCUACUACUCAGCACUGGAAGCUUUCGUUGACGUCCAGAGUCGUAAUGAGUUUGGUGCUGUCAAUCAUGCCCUGUGUGCGUCAAUUCGAAAGCUUCUACAGGAUUAUCUUGUCAUGGUUGCUCAGUUGGAAACCCAGUUCCUGACAAACGACACAUUCACCGUCCACGUGCUCAAUAUCCACACAUUAUCUACGAGUCAAAUGCUAUUUCAACUCUACUCUCUAGCACAAGAACUACUCAAGAAGAACGCUCUCUUGGAUGACGAGAGUGAGGAAGACGAUAGCGAAGAGGACGACGAUCUAAUCAUAGAACGCCUUAGAGAUGGCGGAGAAUUCAUGCCAGGAAACAUGACCGGCAAGAAGAUUUGCAAGGGUGGCGUUGUGCUUGGCCUCGUUACCAAGCGCCUAGAAUCGAUGGCUGGCGAUCCUGCUGCUCGCGCUCUUCUAACCUCCCUUUUGCGCGAUGCCAGUCGCCCAUAUAUGGUCAUGUUAAACGAAUGGCUGCACUAUGGUUCCAUCUACGAUCCACAUGCGGAGUUUAUUAUUAAAGAACAAAAGAGUAUCAGGCGUGAACGCCUCGAGCAGGACUAUACGGAUGAGUAUUGGGAGCGCCGCUACACCGUCCGCGAUCACGAUGUUCCGCCACAGCUUGAGGGAGUCAAGGAGAAGGUUCUACUUGCAGGAAAGUACCUGAAUGUAGUCAGAGAAUGUGGAGGCGUCGAUGUCAGCAAGAGCGUAACCGAUGUGCCUCUUUCUUUUGAGGACAGUCGCUUCCUGGAGAACAUCAACAACGCCUACGCCAAAGCUAACCAGUCCCUCAUGCAGCUUCUUCUGACGUCACAUGCACUCCCUGCCCGUCUCCAAUCGCUGAAGCACUACUUUUUCCUUCAUCCCUCUGACUACUUUUCCUACUUUAUGGAGCUGGGAGCGUCGGAACUGCGCAAGCCUGUGGAGAAAGUUAACACAAGCAAACUUCAGUCGUUGCUAGAUCUUGUCCUCCGCCAGCCAGGCAGCAUCGUUGCUCUUGACCCGUUCAAGGAAGAUGUCAAGGUUGAAAUGAACGAAAUUACUUUAACAAAGUCCCUUCAACGGGUUGUUAAUAUCACAGGCAUUGAGCAGGGUGAGGCUCUUCAGCCUCUUCCGAAUCAACCAACAGACAGCGAUAAAAAUGCCAAGGGAUUCAGCUCGCUCCAGCUCGAUUAUACAGUACCAUUUCCAGUAUCAUUGGUCAUCAGCCGCAAAACUAUCUGGCGAUACCAAGCUUUGUUUCGAUACUUGCUAUCGCUUCGGUAUCUCGAGUCACAGCUGUCGACAACAUGGCAGACUCAAACCCGUGGCUUAAGCUGGUCCAUCCGCAGCGCCAACUCUGAUUUGGAAAUUUGGAAAAGACGUGCUUGGACACUUCGAGCUAGGAUGCUUAUAUUUGUCCAGCAACUCUUAUAUUUUUGCACUGCGGAGGUUAUCGAACCAAACUGGGCCAAGUUCAUGUCGAGGCUAAAUACAGCCGAAACUCAGCAUCAGAACACUCCAGGAGUAGCUCGAACUGUUGACGAGCUUAUGCAAGACCAUGUUGAUUUCCUAGACACAUGUCUGAAGGAAUGUAUGCUUACAAACAGCAAACUCCUCAAAAUACACUCUAAACUAAUGCAAACCUGCACCAUCUUCGCCGAGUACACAAACUGGCUCACCAAGGAACUAGAAAAGGCCGACCCUGAUAUUUCGGCAAACAAUAAGCCGCCAAUAGUCACCGAAGAUCAGUGGAAGUACUUCAUUGCAACAAAGUCAACUUCGUCACGCUCUGCAUCCAACCCCGAUGCCUCCAUGCAGAAUGAUGCCGAGGCCCGCAUUGCCCAUUUGUCUGAGAUUAUCCGCAAAUGGGAGACGAAUUUCAGCAGACACCUGCAGAUUCUAUUGGACGCCUUGAACCACUACGCUGCUACCGAAACAGUCGUCUUGCUCAGCCUGUGUGCAAGACUCAGUACUGCAAACCAGGGUACAGAGUAUGCUGAUCUAAGAGCUGAUGAUGAGGCUUCUGUUGUGGCAGCCGCAAUGGCUAGCUAAAUGACAAAAAGAAAACGGUGUCGAGGCUAGAUCGCCAUGAAGAAUAAUGAGCCAUGAGAUAUCCAUGUAUUCAGAGUAAAUGACGUUCCAACAAAUCAUAUAUAAAACGCAGAGAAUGGAGUUUUUGCAUUUCAUUUUUGUGCAACUUUUCUUUGGUAAUAUCUAUUAUAUCACCAUUAUCUGUGGAAAUUUGCUUCUAUACGCAUGAGAGGAGUACUUUAAAGAUAGUAUGAAAAAUGAAUUGUGCAUCCACAAGCCAACCCCAUUUUGUGUCAUAAUCGCCUGCUAAAUACCCGAUAUACAAAGUAACAGAAAGUAAGUCGUUGUCAAAGCUCUACCAAUCACUGCUCGUUGAACACCACUUCCAAAUCAUCGGGCAAUUCCCCAUAAAGCAAUAAAGAGAAGACAAAUCGCCCGCCAAAAUCCCCCGUAGUUAGAUCGUAAAGAAAGGAUGCAGUCUAAGAACUGAUGGUUUGAAAGAAGGCCGUAUCAAGAGAAACUUGUGCUGAAAGAAAAAAGAGCAAAUGUAGCCAUGAGGAGCAUGGUAGUGGGGGUAUCAUGAUGUCGUUGGUGUCGUUACUUGAAUAAACUUCGAAUGUCCAGAAGCUUCUGCCUUGCGGCUUCAUCCUUAUCCAGCCUCUUCUGUCCGUCAAUACUGAGGCUGGCAAGCAUCAUCUUCUUCUGCUGCAAUUCAACCAUCUUUUCUUCAAAGCUGUCGCGCAUAAUGUAUCUGACUGUGCGCACUGGGCGCUUCUGUCCGAGUCGAUGCACACGGUCAACAGCCUGGGCUUCAGCCGCAGGGUUAAACUGCGGCUCCAUGACGUACACGCUAUUUCCAGAGGUUAGGUUAAGACCAAGACCUCCUGCGGUAAUAGACACCAGUAUCACAUGUACGCUGUCAUCUUCCCUGAAUGAAUCCAUUGCUGCGGUUCGUGCUGGGCGAAGCAUAGUACCAUCGAGACGUACAAAUUUGAUAUUCACACUCUUGAGGGCCAACUCGAUCAGAUCUAAAUGAGAAGUCCAUCCUGAAAAGACAACCGAUUUGUACGGCUUUUCGAUGGGAUUUUCUCGUGUCUUGUCUUCGGAUUUGAGCAACUCUGCAAGCAGAGCCUUUGUCUUGGUAUGAGGGCCUUCAUAUCGAUCAAACGUCUUCGCACGGGAUUUGCGUUUGGUAGAGACUUCGGGUUCAGCUUCUGCCUCUGAUCGGCGGAGGGCAAUAAACUCCAGUCUAACGUGCGCCGAACAGACGUGGCAGGGUCCAGAGAGCUGACCAGGUAUAAGCAUGGACUGCGCUCUGGCCUUGUAUGCCUUAAUACACGAAUGGCAGACAACAUGGUAACAUGCUGUCAUGUAUCCAAGAGUAUCUUCGUUCAUCUCAGAUUCUGUAUCGUCGUUGGAGCCCAGCUUCCUGCUACACUCGAUACAGGCGUCAUUGUUUGUGUCUUGCAUCAAGCGAAACAUUUCGUGUGCUUUUUGCUGCGAAAGCGAGGGGCCGCUAUCCUCAUCGUCGUCGUCAAUUGAAAUAGCCAUUUCUGCUGACAUGCCUUGCAACGCAGACAGGUCGUUCUCGUUCAAUAAAUCUUUACCAUGUGCGCAGAGCAAUCGCAACCUUAGAAUUGCCUUUAAUAUGUGAAUGUAGCUGUUGCCACCAAGAACCUUUCCUUGGCCAGAGUUAGACAACACCAAUACACGGUCUUGCGCAUUGCGAGCAAACAUGUCAUAAACUUGACGUUCAUCAGGGCUAAAGUCAAGCUUAAUAACAACAUCUUCUCUGGGAGGUAGAUCGAUCUUAUCCUUCAGCCUACGCAGAGUAAUGGUAUCAACAAGCACUCGCAUCUUGGGUACAAUCUCCGGGUCACAAGCCUUGAAUGGCUCGAUGACAAAGCGGUUAAACUUGGAGCGAUCAUGGAAGGGUUCAAGGCGCAGAAAAGCGAGUAGAGCAGCCAAGUCAUCCAAUCGGUUCUGGACUGGUGUUCCAGUUACUGCCCACUUUCGGUGAGCCGAGAGGCGGCAUAUCGACUUGAACAUAAGCGUGGUUUGCUCACGAAUAGUGUGUGCCUCGUCUAGAACAAUGCGAAACCAGCCAAUUUCUUCUAAGGGAUAGAGGCCCUCUUUGCCCUUUCUUCGCGCAGUCAGCUCAUUAGAGACUGAGCCGUACGUCGUAAUUACGAGGUCGUAAGACGCAAGAACCUCUGGAUCUUUUAUUCUGUUAGGUCCAUGGUAAAUGUGGAAGGAUAGGCUUCCGUCUUUAACGUGUUGCUUGAUUUGCUCUUCCCAGUUGGUAAUGGUGCUAACUGGGCAUACGAGGAGUGUUGUCUUCGCAUUUCGUGUCGCUGCCGUCAGGCCAAAUGCUGUGUGGGUGGGGAAUACGCUAUUCUUGUUAGAGGCUGCACUGUCAUUGGAAACCUGCAGUGGUGCUUGAUGCUGGAACUCGCGCGCCGCAUCUAAGGUACUCAUGACAAGAGAGAGUAUAGACAGUGUCUUUCCCAGACCCAUCAUAUCUGCCAAGAUGCCUCCUCUGGUUUCCUGUGGAGGCUGGGCUUGUGUGUGUCCUGUAAUGACGUUGACAUACUUCUUUUGGCCGAGACCAUCCACUUUUUGUUGCCAGAAAGACACCAUACCGGUGCUGUUGAUACUUUCUGCCCGGCUAAGUUCUCUCGACAUCAUAAAAUAUAAUCCCUGUUUCUGAUGUUUGAGUAGAGGCGUUGUAAUAGUAGGCGGCGGUGUUAGCUCAGGCAAAUCUUCACUUCUCGUGAGAGAGUCGAACACGCCCAUGACUUCAGAUCGAACCUCUUCAACUGUUCGUGUUGCAAUAGUGGAAUAAUUCGUUGAGUGGCCGUUUGUUGGUGUCGAUGUCCUGGUCACUGUUGCUGGCUUAUAUUCUACCACAUGAGGGUUGUGAACCUUGAUUCCUUUUUGGACAAUGUAUGGCGCCACAAGCAAUAGCUUAGAUUUCUUCAAAUGGCCACCAACACUUCUGACGUAUUUGAGCGGUCCGUAUAGAAUGAUAUCAAGAUGAUGAGCGCGGGACACCGGCUGACCGGGCUCCUGGCCAGCUGUUUUGGGGUGUGUAGGUAUUCGACAUUCGGUUCGCAGUCGAAUAUUGGCAUCCAGCAAAGGACACAUAGCGGCUGCAGUUUUAGACUCGACAUAGCCGAUAAUAUCGCGAGUGUGGUCCGAGGCUGGGAUCUUCAACGAGUUAUCGCCGGCCAGACGCUUGAGGUUAAUUUUGAUGCCGGGAACAUAGCCUGGGCCCAUAAGACUCUGCAUGCCAGGCUUUGGUGACGGCACUUUUGUGCAGUUUAGGCGGCUCUUAAGCAUACCAUAGCAAACUUCUUCUUCUCGAGGGUCUUCGAUUUCGCGGACAUCGGCGUCCUCGUCUUCGGUACCUAAAAGAUAUUAGCAUUCACUAAUCAUAGAUGAUAGGCCUCAAACUGAUUGGAUAUACCGUUUGUCAAGUCAACCAUCAUGGUAUCCGACGUGGGCGUGCUUGAUCCCUGUCUUUGUUGUUCCUUGAUAUAACCUCCUAGCAUUGAACUUCCACUGCGAACAGCUUGUUGGGCGCUGUUAGCUCCAACUUCUUGCAUUUCCUCGUCAACCUUGCGACGCUUGGCUUGCGGGAUACUGUCUCGAUGUUGCACGUUAUUCAUUCUUUCAACAAAGCUGCCAACACCAUUGACAGAUGUCAUAUGAAUACUGCCAGGUGUUGAAGCUCCACUCGGAAUAGCGUCUGAUGCGCUAUCAUUUGUACUAGCAAACUGAAAUACCACCGAGCCGUUCAAAUCAGAAUCCGAUCUAUCGCGGC